AGCCGCAGCUAUCCCGAGUGGUGCAGCCUUGUAUGGCGAUAUUUGCUCUAUCUAUCGUGGCAAUAAAAUGGUUAGGAUAAACAAGACGUCUCCUCUGGUGGCGGGCGGGUCCGCGACGCCCCCGAGCAGCCGCUCCAGCGGCGCCACUAGCCCGCCGCCGCCGCCGCCCCACGGCCGCGGCUGGUCGGCCACCAACCUGCGCCCGUCGCCGCCGCUGCGCCCCUGCCUCGCCUUCAGCCCCGUGCCGUACAGCCGGCCCGGCCCCCGCCUCAGCUACAAGGAGGACGGGCUCAUCCUCGACGUGAUCGAGGCGUACUUCUGCACGGUGAAGCCCCGCAACACCGUCAACUCAGUUGAUGUGACGAACUGGUCGAAAACAGAUUCAAAUAAAAAUUUGAUCGACGCCGUCCAAGUCCUUCAAAGUAAAUUAAGUAUUUUAGAGUACAACGUAUCAGCGCUGUCUUCCGAACUGAACGAAGAAAAAUCGAUGAGGUGUGCCUUACAGAGCAUCGUGAAAAAUCACCUACUCUCGAACUGUAAAGACUUCGACAGUAUCGAGUGGCCAACGACGGAAAGCAAAAUCUGAAUUUUGUAUAGUUUAAAUUUUAUUGAGCGACAAACGUAUUAAGAUUGUGUUCAAGUUGUAUUUAAAGUUGUAUUUUAUAAAUAUCUAUUUUAUUAAAUCUGACUUGUAAAAUGUA